CGUUCGAUGGAAACCACCGUUAUUUAGCAUGAUUUGACGUUUCGAAAAGCUGCCUAUAACUUUUGAACACAACUAUUUAGAUUAUUUGCGAACAUGGCGCGAGGUAGUAGUGCUGGUUUUGAUAGACAUAUUACCAUUUUUUCGCCAGAAGGGCGAUUAUAUCAAGUAGAGUAUGCAUUUAAAGCAAUAAAUCAGAGUGGGCUGACUUCUGUUGCGGUUAAAGGAGUCGAUACAGCUGUGUUUGCAACACAAAAGAAAGUGCCUGAUAAGCUACUUGAUGCCUCCAGUGUUACUCAUAUUUUUCAACUUACUGAACAUAUUGGUUGCCUUAUGACAGGCAUGAUAGCUGAUGGCAGAUCUCAAGUACAACGUGCAAGAUAUGAAGCUGCUCAUUUUAAAUACAAGUAUGAUUAUGAAAUCCCUGUGGAUUCAUUAUGCCGGCGCAUUGCAGACAUCAGUCAAGUUUAUACACAAAAUGCAGAGAUGAGACCUCUUGGAUGUUCUAUGAUGUUAAUUUCAUAUGAUAAAGAGAAAGGUCCUUGUGUUUAUAAAGCUGACCCUGCUGGAUAUUACUGCGGUUAUAGAGCUAUCUCUGUUGGUGCUAAACAAACAGAGGCUAAUUCUUAUCUUGAAAAAAAGUUAAAGAAGAAACAAAAUUAUGAUCAUGAUGAAACAAUACAGUUAGCAAUCACAUGUUUAUCUACUGUUUUGUCUGUGGAUUUUAAACCAACAGAAAUAGAAGUUGGUGUGGUAUCAAAGGAUAACCCAAAAUUUCGAACAUUAAAUGAACAGGAAAUCGAUAAGCAUCUUACCGCAAUUGCUGAAAAAGAUUAAUAAUUUCAUGAAUAAUUUACUAUAAAUAAAUAUCAUGUCUUACUUGA